UAGACGUGUUUGUAUAAAAAGUACGAGUUUGCCAUCAACUGUCAUACUCGUUGGUCGACUACCAUUGCAGUGAUAUCCAAGUUAACAGUGAUUUUUUAUUACUAAGUGUUAUCCGCCUUGUGUUUUAACCAGUGUCCGGAGAAUGAAAAUGUUCGCCAAGAUAGCUUUGUGUAUCGCUUACGUUGUUGUGCUCUCUCAAGCCCAACUAUACCCACCACCCGGUUACUCGACCUUAUUGCACGGCCCAGCUGUCGUACACGCAGCACCUGCAGCCAUCUACCAACCAGUCAACCCCAAUCCUUCCUACAAUUACAAAUACGGCGUAAACGAUCCUUCUACUGGCGACUACAAAUCGGCCGAGGAAAGCUUGUCUAACGGUGUUGUCCAGGGACAGUACAGUUUAGCUGAACCCGAUGGUACAUUCAGAACGGUAUCAUACACUGCCGAUGAUGUUAACGGAUUCGUAGCACAAGUUUCUAAAGGAACCAAACUAGCUACACCAGUGUACGCAACCGCUGCUCCAGUAUAUACACACGCCGCUUCGGUGUACGCACCUGCAGCUCCAGUAUACACACCAGCAGCACCAUCAAUUUACCAAUCGGCGCCAGUUUAUCAUGCUCCAGCCGCUGUUUACCGUUCCGCCGCCCCAGUGGCUUACGCUCCAGCACCAGCUACAGUCUCUUAUCCAUACAAACGCCAAGCGUAACUUAUCAGCUUUUACUAGACUAUAGGAAUUUUUUUAUUGAAACUUAUUCGUCAAUCUGUGCAUAUUUUUAAACGUCACAUUAUUUCCUGCAGAAUCAUUGUUUACCAUUUUCAUAUCAUUAUAUGUUCUUAGAUUUAUUAUCAUAAUUUUAGUACUAUCCACGUUGUUUGUUAUGAUUGCAUCAUUAAAUAUUAGAAAAAUAUAUUUUUAAUUUUAA